AUGGUUGAGGAGUCAAUUAAAGACUUUGGUCCUACUUUCGAAGGAUCAGAUAAAAAACAAGACCCUAGCUAUUUGGAAAGGAGAAAGACGAGUGCUGAACAAAUUUCUGAAGUCAUACCGGCUCGAUGGGAGCAGGAUACACUGGAGUAUCCAGUACCUACCUCUUCCGUUGACACCUUUGGUGCGAUUCAAGAGCCACGACGUGUUUCAGUAACAAAGAAGCCACAAGACGCAUCUGUAGAGGAUGAUAUACCCGGAGUAGAUCUUUCACAUCUAUCACCAGCGGAGAGGGAACAGAUCCUAGCAGAUGCCAGUGAAGUGAGAGAUGGCGCUCAUUCACGGAAUGAUUCGAGAGCUGAAGACAGGCGUGACGAUUUCGACUUCACCUAUUCGGAUGUGCGCUUCUCGGAGAUUAGCGACGAGAAUUUCGAUCAGGAAAGAUACAAAGUCAGCGUUCGCAGCGACUCAGGAGUUGUAGAUGCAGUUGAAAUAAGUGACGACCUUUACAAACAAGAAGAAUCGGAUUGGGCCAUGGGGAGAACGCGAAUGUGGACUACGGUCUUUGAAGGUGAUGAAUCAGAGCAGCCUUCGGACGAAGUCUUCAACCGGCAAUCGCCAGGAGAACGUGUGUAUGGGUCGGUCUCUCAAAAGUUUCUAAGAAAACCAGAAAAAAAAGGAAACGAGAAAGCGAAAAAUGCCGCAGAACGAAUCUUACACAAAGAGCAUGACCAAGCCUCCAGCCUUGACGAUGAUUACGCGCUCAAAGAGAUUGAAUUCGACACUGGCUUGGGCACGUCAAAGAGCUUGACUUCUGCUAAGAUGUCAUCGACUCCAUGGACUCCCAUGGGCUUGGACGCAGAAUCUGUAACUCCUCUGAAACGACCAACUCCAGAAAUAACUGUCACAGUGCAUGAUGAGAGAGACAGCGAGGAAGAGGAGAGCGGGAGCGAGGAU